AGUGGGGUGGUGGAGGUGGGUCCGGAUGGAGGCGUCAGGUGAGGAGAAUGUUGUUGACGUGGACAAGUACGAGAUUCUGCAGCGCGUCAAAAUCCACGCGCACGAUCUCCGCAUUCUCGACCCUCUACUCUCCUACCCCUCCACCAUUCUUGCCCGUCAACGCGCCAUUCUUCUCAACUUAGAGCACAUCAAGGCUAUUAUAACGGCUCAAGAGUUAUUUCUUCGCGAUCCAUUAGACGAAACUGUUGCUCCUGUAGUUGAAGAACUCCGGAGACGACUAAAGCCAGUAAAUUGCAAUCAUGGAGAUCAAGCAGAGGGCAAAGGUGAAGUUGAAGAGUCCCCAUUUGAAGUGAAGGCCUUGGAGGUUGCUUUGGAAGCAGUUUGCAGUUACCUUGAUGCCCAGACAAGUGAAUUGGAGGCUGCUGUUUAUCCAGCAUUGGAUUUACUUACAUCUAAGAUUAGUAGCCAAAAUUUGGACAGAGUUCGCAAAUUAAAGAGUCAAAUGACAAGGUUGACAGCUCGAGUGCAAAAGGUGAGGGAUGAGAUUGAGAAACUCCUGGAUGAUGACGAUGAUAUGGCUGAUCUUUAUCUGUCCAGAAAAUCAGGCCGCGGUGGCGCAUCGUCUUCACCUGUAAGUAGUUCCUUUCUAUCUUCACCAACAGAUGGCUCAAAAAGAUGUAGGGCUAGCAGCGCAAGUAUGGCAACCUUUCAUGGGGAUUAUGAGAAUAAUGUUUUAGAGCUUGAGAUGUUACUGGAGGCUUACUUCAUGCAAAUUGAAGGAACACUCAAUAAACUGGUCACACUACGUGAAUAUACUGAUAGCACAGAAGAUUACAUAAACAUUCAGCUUGACAAUCAUCGAAAUCAGCUCAUUCAGCUAGAGCUGUUUCUGAGUUCAGGAAUGGUUGCAGUCUCUAUCUACUCUCUGGUGACUGGAAUAUUCGGUAUGAAUAUAAAAUUUACUUGGAACGAGGGCCAUGGGUAUAUGUUUAAAUGGGUACUCAUUGUUACGGGUGCUAUCAGCGCAUUGUUUUUUCUACUUAUUAUUGCAUAUGCCCGCUACAAAGGGCUUGUUGGCUCCUGAAUCUUGCCAAAUCACUCAAUCAGCGAUUUCAUGUAUAUGAUCCAGAGUACUAACAUUGUAAUAAAGCACUUCUCUAGCAAUCUCAUAUCAAGUUUAUCAGUGGAUGGAUCUACCAAGACUGUUUUCAAAAGAUUUAUAAAAACUCACAAAGAUUAAAAAUGUAUGGUACAACAACGCAUAAAUACUUGUCAUAAAAAGCAAA